UCCGCCCGUCCUAUUCUCCGACGUUGACGUGGCACUUCAACAAGUGUAGUCGUGGACUGUUGUCGACGUCGUAAGCAGAAGAAUGUCUGACCAUUAUCCUUCAUAAAGCCUAGCCUACUUACCGCACUGAAAUUUAAAGUGUCAAUCAGUGUUUUGCUCCAAAAGCAAAUAGGAUAAUCUCACUUCAUUCACGGUCCUUUUUGUGAACAACAAAAUGGCCCUAACGAGUGAAACCCUUCCGUCGCCCCCAGGAGUCAAUUGUAUUGAGCAUGAAAGUGCUGAAGUCCUCAAUGAUGAAGAUUUGGAGGAUGGGGAGAUCUUUGAAGACGAGGAUCCACAGCAGGUUAAGUCUGCCCCAACUCCAGCCUCUGUACCUAUCCAAGAGAAACCAAAGCCAGUUCAACCAGAAGCUGUGGCAGUACCUGCUGUGCAGAAGAAAGCCACAGAGGGGCCCAACAGAAACCAUAGGAAUUUUGAAAACAGUGAUAGAAGGGAGAACAAUGUCCCAUUUUUCAGGGGUAAAAGAAAACAUUUUGAAGACAAUGAUGAAGAAAACAACCGUUGGAAGAGGGACCCGAAUAAGAGGACCCGACGGGGCCAUGAUUUUGAGCGGGAGGGAGAUAACGGCAGAGUGAGACCAGAGGGAGAGCCAGGUGAAGAUGAGGAGGAGAUGAUGUUCGUACGAGGUGCAUCACCCCAUAGGCAGGAUGAAGAAAUGGAGAAGUGGGAUCGUGAAGGUGAGGAAGAGGAGAGAGAAGUGAAUCGUCGUACAAAUAGGCCAUUCCGGGGGCGAGGGGGCAUAAAUCGGCGAGGGGACCAGCGCCAGAGGGGCAGAGGAAGAGGAAGGGGAGGCAACAUGAGAGGAGGGAACAAGAGGAAGAGAGAAGAUACUGAAAUGUGUGUUUUCUUUUUGCAAGGAAAAUGUCAUAGGGGUUCGGAUUGUCCUUACGGUCAUGAGAUUCUGCCGCCGCGUAAGAUGGAAUUGUGCAAGUUUUACAUGAAAGACUGUUGUGCUAAAAAGGAGAAGUGCUUGUACAUGCACAGUGAGUUCCCCUGCAAAUACUUCCACACAGGACUUAAAUGCUAUGCUAACAAGAAAUGCAAAUUCAACCAUGGACAGCUGACUGACCAACUGCGCAACAUAUUAGCCAAGCAUCUGGAUACUGCUCCAAAAGACAUCCUAGGUGAAUUUCCUAGAAGAGACCAAAGGGACAGGGGUGACCCGAGAGACAUGAGAGGAGAUCCAAGGGAUAUGAGAGGUGACAUGAGAGGGGAUUCCAGAGACAUGAGAGAUCAGAGAGACAUGAGAGAUCAGAGAGACAUGAGGGACCAGAGAGACAUGAGGGACCAGAGAGACAUGAGGGACCAGAGAGACAUGAGGGACCAGAGAGACAUAAGAGAUCUGCGGGAUAUGAGAGGUGAACAGAGAGACAUGAGAGGUGAACAGAGAGACAUGAGAGAUAUGAGGGGAGAGUUUAUGAGAAACAGAAUUGACAGAGAUAGGAAAAUACCAUCACUCUUCGACAUCAAACUCCCAAUAUCUGAUGACAUGAGGAAUUCAGAUGGAAGUCAUACACCGAUGCCAUCACCAACUCAGCGUAGUCAGGAUUCAACAAGGUCCAGUGAUCGUGACCGGGAUAACUAUUCGCCUGGGCGAGAGAGAGAAAGAGAGCGGGAGAAGGAAAAAGAACGGGAAAAGGAUAAGGACAGGGACUAUGAAAAGUUGAAACAUGAGAAAUCAGAGAGGAGUAAAGAGAGAAAGGCGAAGAGAGAAAAAGCAAGAGAACACAGAAAGGAACGUAAAGAAAGGAGAGAAAGGGAAAAAGAAAAGAAAAGAGAACGAAGCAAAGAUGUUGUCAGUGAAAAAACUGACAAUGAGGAUCAAGAUAGCAGUAAAAAUUCUGAAAUAAUGUCACCUAGCCAAGAAGAUGUCGUGAGGAAUUGCGGUGAUGUACCUGUGUCAACAGAUAAGUCUGUGGAAGACCAAGAUAAGAAGGUCACAUACGAGGAGAACGGUCUGAUACCUCAACAUCUGCCGAAGAAGCAGCGAGAGUUGUUCCUCAGAAUACAGCAGCAGCAGAGGGAGGCAGACAACAGCCAGACAAGUGCAAAUGAUGAGGAUGAUGAAGAGGGGAGUAAAAUUGACGAGAACUGGUACUCAAGUGAUGAGGAGACUUCCCCUUCCCCUGCUCCUCUACCUUCCAUCUUUCAAAACCUGACGCAGUCUAGCAGUGCUAGCACUACGAGCACAGCCACAUCCACAUCUACAUCUACGAUGGUGCCACUGCUGAACCUGCUGGCCAAUGCGUCUGCAGCAGCCAAGCCAAUGGAUGUCAACAAAACACCGGCCCCAACAUCAUUCAUUCCCUCUAACCUGGACUUGACCAAUCUGAGCCUGAGUACAGUUUUCGAGGCUCUGACAAACUUGAAAAAGAUGAGCUCAUCCAACCAAGUUGAACAACAACCAACAACCACCUCAGUAACAACCACAGCAAUCAAGACUGAAAAUCCUGUUGAAAUUCCCAAGAGUGAACCUGUCAAGCCUGAACUACCAAGGGUAAGGGAUCCCCGUCUGCGGGCAGAAGGAGGGUCUAUAGAAAGCCACAGAGGAUCGAUAGAGAGUCCGGUCCCAUCAGACGUAGACUUGAGACUAAAGUCUACCAGUACGGUGAAACCUCAACCUACCAGUGCAGAUGUAGACCUGCGUAGUCUACCGUUUAAGCCGGUGCAGCACUCCGCAGCCAAUGAGAUUGAUGCCUCUCUCACCUCACACACACCUAUGUCUUGGCAGCUUCAGCCAGCCGAUGUGAUCAAGCCGGAUUACAACAGUCUCCAGAUACAGCCUAAGCCUGGUGUGAAUGACCCGCGGUUGCGGAGAGCAGUGCGGCCCUCACUAGCCGAUGACCUUGGACUACCAAGGGACCCCCGUCAGCGGUUGUUAGACGAGCCAGUACGGGACCCUCGGGCAAGACAACCCCUCCUAGCCACCCCUUUGAUGCCACCUGCCACACCACGCUACGAUGAGGACCACCGCCCUCAGUUCUACCGCAUGGACAGUGAUAUGAGGCAGUUCCCACCUCCUACUCCCCGUCAGGACGAUGAAGUGUACACCCCUGGGCCCAGCCGACCUGUAGAUCCCCGACAGCGCAGCAUGAGCUUCCCAUCCAGACCAGACGACAUUGAUCUUCGCACUCAGAUGGCUCACAGAGUUCCUUUUAUAAAUUAUAACAAAUAAACAGUUUUGUUAAUUUGUAUUUUAAGUUGAAAAUAACUCUUACUUUUUUUGUUCAGUUCAGUGUUCUAAAGAUCUCAUUGAGGUCAUUUACUUAACAGUUUUUUCCCUGAGAAUAGAUAUGGUACUUUUUAUAAUGUUUAAUUUUUAUUUCUUUAAUCAAUUUGUAAUGCAUAUUUCUUUAUUUAUAACUAAUGGUUGUGCAAAACCAUGUAAAAAUAUUGCUGUAAUUUAUUUGUAUGAUAUUAUCCUAAUUUUAAUUUUUAUACCCAGACAUUUAAUUGAUUUUAGGUUAGCUGUAUAUAAAGUUUAUCUGUACAUACUCAUAUUGUGCUAGCUGCAUGUUGAAGUAUUGUAUAAAAAUAAAUGUAUUUAUGCAUAAGGUCCUUUGGUGUAAAUAAUUUUUUAUACAUAUUAAAGAUUUCAUCCAGAAAGA